GUGGGGUAGGGCUGGUGGAACGACAGCUCGUGAUUGGCUAAACCCUUGAGACAGUUAAAGGUCAACCCGCUGGCUGGGAGAGCCACUUGCACAGCAUCCUUAGCAACCAGCUGGAGAGCCUGGAGCGCUGGGGAUAAAAUCUUCAAGAUAAGGCCUUGGGAGCUAUCAGAACUGGUGCAGGCACCUUGCAGGACAGACGAGAGACUGUAGAUGUGACUUCAGACCUUCCUCUAAAGGGUUUUUGAUCUGUAACUAUGCCAGUUUGUAAGCCACCUGUGGUCAAUAAGUUUGGAGUAAUAUCUUCCACUUAUCACGAAGAACUCCUGAAAUCUAAUUUUGAAAGUGCAAACAGAAAAAAGAGUCAAAAACCAAAGCCAUCAUUUUCAAUUACCAGAGAAUUCAUAUUGAGAUUCAACCACACAGAGAAUCCAGCAGAGGAGGAAGAACUGUUGGAACAAGCCAGGAGACUCAUUGUCAGGUGUAAGAGGAAGUUGGGCCUCAAGACACUGGGUUUUGGGAAGCAUGUGCAUCUUACAACGGCAUGGGCUGAGGCCAUCUAUCUGGCUCAGUGUAAAGGGGAGAUCCAAGAUGAAGCUUUAAAUAUGCUCCAUGCCUCCUUGGACCACGUUUCCUUUGAUUAUGAUCAGCUUCCUGCCCUGUUUUUUCUUGCGGAAUCAGUUUUAUACCGACUCUGUUGCGAUGCAUUCAAGAAGGAAUAUUUAUAUUCAGUCGAGAUAAAGCUGGUGAAGAUUGGCUAUUUGAUCUUCUUACGACUUUUUGUAUUUUUCCUGCAUGGUCACUUAGAAAGUUUUAAACAACAUUUGCUUAGGCUGCAGCCAUAUUUAUACGCGCUUUAUUUCUCUGAACCAUCCUACUACAAGUAUCCAAACAUCUUCUCCAACGUGCAGUUCAUCCUGAAAACGUCAGAAGUUAUCUGUAAAAGGGAGCUCCAUGCUGAGCUGUUUGUGGGAGGCCAAGAUGAAGUGGAGGUCCCGUAUUCUGAUCUGAAGCAUUUGGAGCUGAAUAAGAGGGGCUAUGAAGUCAACCACCUACUCUGGCACAGUGUGGCCGUCUGGUCCUGCGUUCAGAACAAUCGCCCUCAGCUGAAAGAAGUGCUUGAACAUCUCCUCUUCCACAAAACGCAGCUUCAGACGAAAUGCUGGUUGGAUUCAGCCCUGGCUUUGUUGGUCCUGGGGGAAGCUGCUAAGUUGAACAUGGCCUGCUUGAAAACACUGAUGGACCUAGUGACAGAUUUCCUUGAGAGCAUCUUGUCUGCUCAGAACCAGGAAGAGAACUAUGACAUACGCAUUUCCUGGGCCUCAGAUAUUAUCUUCACAUAUACAACAAUUAUUGCAGAAGUCUGUCUGUAUGCAGCUACCUCUGACCUGAGGAAAACGGCUUUGAUUGGGUUCUGUGGCUGUAAAAGUCUGCAGCAGGAUAUCUCCCUCACAGACAAAUCUGAAGAGCUGCCAAAAUUGGAUGGAGCAAGCAUUUUAACUCUUCUGAAGUACUUCUCUUCCAGACUCUCUAAUGAUUGUGAGAAGGUGAUCUGGACUGGGUACUAUAGCCUAGUGUAUAACCUGGUGAAGAUGUCAUGGGAACUUAAGGGUGAUGAGGAACAGGAUGGACUUAGAAACAUGAUAUGGCAAACAUUGCAAAAGAUAAAGGAUUAUGAGGAAGACCCACGCAUCCAGUGCGCAGUAGUGAUAGCCCAGGCUGAAUUGAAUGACCCAGCUGACCCUUUCAGCACAAAGGCCACACCAAACUCAGGAGAAGGCCUUUUCUCCAAGUACAUCGGGUGGAGAACCGCUAACACUCUCUCCAGACUCUUUUUCCCCUCAAUCGAUGUCAUGGCCCUCCCUCCAAAGAUGCCAGUGGAAACAGAUCUGCCAAGAAAACACACCAUCAGACAGCAGCCCGAGAAAAAGAGAGUUCUGCACUUUAUCAUAAAGGAUCAUUCUUCCAUGGUAGAAGUUUCCAUGUCUCAGUAUCCAAAUUUCUUCACCAAGGCAGAUAAGAAAUUGAAAGAAAUCAUUGACCAUCAUUGGCGAAAAGAUAUGGAGGCCCGAAAGCGAGAAGAGGCAGUGUGUGAGGCCCAAAAUCAGAAGGACAAGGAGGAAAAGGAGAAGAUUCGCUUUCAAGAAAUUAUGAAGCAGAGAGAAAGGAAACUGAACAAACAAACCAAACCCUAUGAAAUAGUUCCUUCAGAAAAAGAAAGUGACCCAGAAAACAAAUGUGGGUUCUGCAAGCUGGAACCCAGCACUGCACCAAACUCUAAGUGAGCUCGGUGUAGACGAGCUUUCUUAGAGUCAGCCUGCAGCCAUUUUUAAAGACCAUUUUUAACCUUGGCAUCUGUUAGUAGUCACAGCAUAGUCUUAAAUUAGCAGUCACCUCUUCAUCACGUUAGGUGAAGUGGUUUUGCCAGCUAUACCCAUUCUUCGCUCAGCGGCUCUCCCCCUGUUCGAGGAUUGCUCUUUCAACCACUCUCUGCACUGUGAGGAGAAAGCGAAAAGAAACCUGACUAACCAGUCGGGACAUGAGGGGGCGGUGCGAAUUUUUCUUUAGAGCGUGAGUGAAUAUGGGAUUGAGCCCCUAGAAUCACUCCUAUUUGAAUAAAGAAAUUAGGACGA